AUGGAUCUGCCCCUUUCGAGCGUGGACGGCGUGGACGGCGUGGCUGGCGACAGGGAGAAGCAUGAGAGGAUAACCUGCUACAGCUACGAUAGCAAAAGGGAGUACCCAAACCACGUCAAGUGUCCCAAUUCAGAUUCCUGCUGCGAGAGCAUCGAUCAGUGCCGUUCAGACCGUCUCUGCACCUCGAAGGACGACCCCAAGACGCUUAUAAGGGCCCCCUGCGCGUACAAGCCGUGGACGAACAGCUGUGCCCAGGUAUGCCUGUACGAUAAUAAAGACUCACUCGUCCUCCCACGGGCUGUCGUCUGCGAACAGCCUGGCCCUUCGAACGGGAGCUACUGCUGCGACGAUAACAGAACCUGCUGCAUCGACAGGGCGGGCUUCUUCCUGGACGAGAACGGCCUCCUGAUCGGCCGUGCGAACGAGACGGACAACUCGACAUUAAGCCCCAAACCUAUCGGAGUGUCCGUCACGGCCCUGAGAGGCAUGGGAUCACCCGUCGCGACCUCAACGCCCGUACGCUCGCCAGUGAACGACAAAACGGGCCUCUCGACGGCAGCCAAGGCCGGUAUAGGCGUGGGUGUCGGCGUUGCUGUGCUACUCGCCGUCAUCGCAGGGACCCUGCUCUUCCUUCGCAACCAGAGAAGGAAGACGAAAAGGGCCAGAGCUGCUUCCACCGCCGCCGCCACUAGUACCGCUGGUACUGAUGCUCCGACAGAGACAUGGGAUAACGAGGACAAGGUGCCGUUACCCAGCGAUCAACGACGGGAGAAGGAAGAGGAACGAGCAUUCGAGCUGAUGGGCGACGGCGCGACUCCUGAGCUCGAAGGAGUCGAGAGCCCCCGGCACGAAGCUCCGCCGUCGGAGCUACCGGUGGUGAGAGAGGAACACUCCGCACUCAUUGAGCUACCCGCCGACCAACCCACCGGAAAGCCUCGUCGGUGCUGA